AUGGUCAGUCUGAAGAUGCUUCCACUUCUGCUGUUAUUCCACGUGCAGCUUUCAAAGGCCUUUCUAGUACCUUCUGAAUUCGUAGAAGAGAAAACUACAAAAAUUGUUCAGAAUUACUUAGAAAAGUUCUACCAAUUACCAAGGUACAAAUAUCAGUCUGAAAGGAAGAACAGCAUUAGUGUGAUUGUUGAGAAGCUUAAAGAAAUGCAGCAAUUCUUUGGGCUGAACAUAACAGGGAAGCCAAAUGAGGAAACCUUGGAAAUGAUGAGAAAGCCUCGCUGUGGAGUGCCCGAUACUGGCAAUUUUAUGAUAACUCCAGGAAACCCCAAGUGGAAACAAACUGACCUGACCUACAGGAUUAUUAACUAUACCCCAGACUUGUCAGAGGCUGAAGUGGAAACAACUCUUGAGAAAGCCUUUAAACUCUGGAGUCUCGUGUCACCCCUGAACUUCACCAAGACCUCACAGGAAGAAGCAGAUAUCAAGAUUGCCUUUCUCCAAGGAGAUCAUGGGGACAAUUCUCCAUUUGAUGGACCCAAUGGAAUCCUUGCUCAUGCCUUUCAGCCAGGCCCAGGUAUUGGAGGAGAUGUUCAUUUUGAUGCAGAAGAAACAUGGACCAAAACCUCCAGAAAUUACAACUUGUUUCUUGUUGCUGCCCAUGAAUUUGGCCACUCCUUGGGGCUGGCUCAUUCCUCUGACCCUGGUGCCUUGAUGUAUCCCAACUACGCUUUCAGUGAGCCCAGCACCUACUUGCUCCCUCAAGAUGACAUCAGUGGUAUUCAGGCCAUCUAUGGACCUUCGAGCAACCCUGUGCAACCUACUGGACCAACCACACCCACAGCCUGUGACCCCAGACUGACAUUUGAUGCUAUCACUACACUCCGUGGAGAAAUACUUUUCUUUAAAAACAAGUACUUCUGGAGAAAGCAUCCUCACCUACGAAGAGUCGAACUCAAUUUCAUUUCUCUCUUCUGGCCAUCCCUGGCAAAUGGUAUACAGGCUGCUUAUGAGGAUUUUGACAAGGACCUAAUUUUCGUAUUCAAAGGCAAUCAAUACUGGGCUGUAAGUGGCUAUGAUAUUCAGCAAGGUUAUCCCAAGAAUAUAGCAGACUAUGGCUUCCCAAGCAGUGUCCAAGCAAUAGAUGCAGCUGUUUCCUACAGGGGAAAGACAUACUUCUUUGUAAACAACCAAUUCUGGAGAUAUGAUGACCAAAGUCAAUCCAUGGAACCAGGUUAUCCCAAAAGCAUAGCAAGUAGCUUUCAGGGAAUAGAAAGUAGAGUUGAUGCAGUUUUCCAGAAGAAUUCCUUCUUCCUUUUCUUCAGUGGACCAAGAUAUUAUGCAUUUGAUCUUAGUGCUCGUAGGAUUACUAGAGUUGAAAGAAGCAAUAGAUGGCUUAACUGUAGAUAA